UAGAUAACAUUGAAAAUAGACUUCGUUAUAUGAAUGCUUUUGUUUAAUAGAUCAGCAGUAAGGUCAAAUGGUCAUGACUUGCGAACGACGCCAUUAUGUGACUGGUUAACAGAAAGGAUGAGAGAAACAAAAUUGUGAUACUAAACUUCUCUGUAACCGUGUUCUAGGGACUCAUAAUAUUAUGGCGGUGGUUCCGUUUUCUUCACGAGACAAUUUACACGUGUGUAUGCAAACAUCUCAGUUAUAAACAAGAACUGUGUAGAGAAAAAUCAUAGCUAUACAUAGGAAGAACGCAGGAUCGAAAACAUCUCAGCCAUAAGUACAAAAUGUGUAUGGAAUCAUUGCAUCUAUAAACUAGAGAUGAGUAUGUAAAACACCGCAGUUAUAAACAAGAGAUGUGUAUGCAAACAUCGCUGCCAUAAACUGUAUGCGCAGCUGAGAAAAACGCGUUAGAUUUCUUUCAAAAACGGUAAACAACAUGACUUUCAUGAACUCUACAUUGCUUAAUACUUGGAUCUUUGUUUUGAAUUGUUUCAUUGUCAUCAUGUGCAACGUUCAUGCAGAACCUCAGCAUGUCUUUCUUGAGGAACAUUGUGGCAAUGAGCUCAGCACAGACGCUUCGAUACUUCUGGUGGUAGGCAAUUGGUCUUCCCUGCCUGUGGACCACAGUUGUUACAUCAGUUUCCGCCUCCAGACGCAUUUCCACUCAAAAGAUGUGGCAAGGGGGACAGGUCCCACAACAAGUAGUUUAAUUGGAUCUAUCAACGAGGACUCUGAAGACGUCACUACCCAAAAGCCAAUACAUUAUUAUACCUCGAAAGACAGCUAUGGCACCAUGACCACUGAGCAUUAACUUAUGUAAUUACCCCAUCCCCAGAGGUAUUUGUUUACUUUUUUAAAAUUUAUUUCUGCCCAUGCAGCAAGAGUUCUUGUCUGCACUAAAUUAAUGUUUUGUAUAUGUGGAAGGUUAAAAGUGGUGCCAACUUUUUACUCAUCCAAGACCUAGAUCUAGUAUGAGCUGUCAAUUCACGGUCGCAAGGAGUACUGGAACAUGUACCUUCCAGAAUCAGCUGUGCAGUUUGGAAUCCAGCACGUAUAUUCCGGGAGAAUAUUUAAUUUUGGGGGACUGUGUUUAUUUAAGUUCAGGAGCAUUGAAUGUGUUUUUUGGGUUUUUGAAAAGUAUGUUACAACUUGUUUUACUGUUUUAAAAAUCCUCAUUAGCAUUCCUCUGUCUUCUCCCGUCAUUCGGCUAUUUCAGUUGUUUUUGUUUUAUCCCUGUCUCUUUUUCCUCCUAACUUCGCGCUGAGAGCUAGAUCUAGAUGUUCAAGACUUUUAUUGCGUUUCAAGUGUUUCAAAAACUAUAUUUAAAUUUUGGCUUCUGCUUUUAUUUGUGAGCGACGACCGGUGAACGCUGGCUUCUGUCAGAACUACCAUACCUGAUUCGGCCUCUUUUCUUUCCAUCAAAUAAGUUUUUUGCACAUAAAUGUGUCAUAAAGUUAUUGUGUAAAGAUCUGUUUAUGCGCAAUACUCGGUAUGAUAAAAACCGUGGAAAAUAAUAAUUCAAUAUAAUAACUGCGAAACGUUUAAACUCAUAUUGAUAUUGAUUUUGUCUUUGUUGUCAGCCAAAGAUGGUUUCGAACUUUCUCAAAGCAGAGACACAUGCCGAGUCCACCUCCCCGUCUGCUUUUUAAUUUUUUUUGGAUUAAGUUUUUGAUUUAAAGAAUAAAAGAACUGACGUCUGUGGGAAGCAGUUAGGCGCUUUGCUGUCUCACUAAGGAGGCAUGAGUUCGAUUCCCUUGAGAGGAGAAUUUUUAUUGAGUAUAUCAGUCUUAUAGUUGUGAUGUUGUACAUUUUUCAGCCUGUGUUCGGCCUGACAGACCCCGUGGGAAGGAUCUGUCCGAAAUUAUCUAAACGGUGUCGGUGAGAGCGUAAAACACCUACGUUUAAAGAAACAAAAACUAAAUGAGUGGCAAACGCCUACCUCUUCCGCUUUUGGUUUAUGUUUCUAUCCCUGAGCCAAGCGAGGCAACCAGUGGUAAGUUUCGAAGCUGACCAAAUUUUCUAACUUUCGAGGCCGCCGGAAGUAAUCGAGAAAUUGGCUUGGGUCCGGAUUCGUCGGAAGUAAUAACGUAUCUGGCUAGGGAUCAGGCGUCCUAAAAGUAAGGGAGUAAUUAGCUAGGGUCUGGACUCCCCGUAAGUAACCUGCAGCUGGCUGGAGACCUUGGCUGUCGAAAGUUCUUACGGAUCAUGGGUCAUGAGAAUCAGGGAUAUAUAUUUGUUUAAAUAAACGCCCAAAUAGCGCUUGCUCCCGCGCUUAAGUGUGCAUGCGUGUGUGUGUGUGUGUGUGUGUGUGUGUGUGUGUGUGUGUGUGUGUGAACGUAGGCGCGCAUUUAUUUAUGUGCAGGAAGGUGUCGUCGUCUGAAUGUAUGUAUAGGUUUUGACUGUAUUACUAAAACUGAUUUUGGAAUUAAAAGUAAAACUGAUGACGCAGACUUCAUUCUCUUUUCUUGCGACACAUUUUACAUUUUAGAAUGUUCGUCUAGG